AUGGGCCUCUUCAGCAGUAGCAAUGGCAAGGGCACCCCCGGCGCCUCGUCAUCCCGUACUCCCCCUCCCCCUCCUCCUCCGGCGUCGGUGCGUUUCCGCCCUGGUCGCCGGCGCCUGCACAUCCUGCGGAUCCCGGUGCCGGCGGUUCCGCGGAGCCAGCGGGCGCACGACGAGGAGGUGCGCAGGCACCGCGCGCAGCUCACGCCGGAGCAGCGUCGGCUGCCUGAGUACGCCACUGACUCUCCCAACUGGGAGGCUUGGUUCGCCUUCGAACAUGAGGAGCAACAGCGUUCGGGUGUCGACGCCGUCCCGCCGCCGUUCCCACCGCCGUCCCCGCAGGUAGAGCCAGAGUACAAGGAGGCGGAGGCGGAGUACUAG